AUGGACUGUUAUUUUAAUAAGAGAAUCCCAAAUAGUAAGAUUGGAAGUGUAAUCAUAAGGCCAACGUCAAAAACUUUUGUGUCAGGAUUAUCAAGCUCUUAUGAUGAAAAAUAUCCUGAAGAAUUAAAAGAUAAGCCUAUUUAAAGAGAAUUCGUAUAUUAUAAAUUAAUUAUUUUUAUAAAUUGCCUCAUAUUAUUAUAAUCUAAAAUGGGAAUAUAAUGACUGAAAAUGAGUUUAUUGAAGAUAUUAAAGAAAUCAAUGACUCUUUGUUUUACUACUGGCCUUGCUUUUUCUGCUUUAAUUUUGGCUACACAUGUUGCAUUUGCACACUUGGACUUUCAUUUUUAGGACCUUGGAUUUGUGUUGAUGAUGCCCAAAAAAGGACAAAUGAAUCGAUUAAGAAAAUUAAUGAGAGAUAUAUUGCGAGGAAUAUCAAAUGAUAUUUAAUGUGUGAGUGCUCAACUUCUUGGAUUGAAAUUAGAUAUGGAUAA